CUCUUGUUAAAAAUAGUUUAGUUCAUUGUAGUAUAUCAGAUCUGUAAGAAUCUGCAAGAUCUCUGAAGGGCAUUGUGUGGUAUUCUAAAGCAGCUGUGCUGAGGGUAUUGUGAAUAUUCUGAAUAGAAAUGCUGUCAGCACUUUUCCACAAACAAUAUGGUAACGAUACCAUCCUGUGGCAUAAACCAAAUUAUAUUUCGGUUACAGUAACAUUUACAAAAUCUAUUAAAAUUGAACCAUAAUGGCAUAAGUCCUGUCCAUUCACUUUGCACAUAGUCAAUAGUAAAAACGAAUGUGGUGGUGUCCUGACACAAUGUAUGUUUAGGCAGUUAAUACUUGAGUGCCUUUACAUAUAUGGCAUGCCCCCCUCCUCCCCUUCCCACAUGUCAAUACAGUCCGAAAAUAAUCUCUGAAAGCACAGCUGAGCCCUGGCUUUCCUCCCCUGCUAUUGUCAUUGCUCGACCUCUCCGCGGUUUGUGUACUCUACACGUGUGGAGUCCAUAAAAGAAUGACGAGAUUUAGUUAUUCUGAGUAUCUAUCGCAAUUUCGUCAUGGUGGGAACCAGAGCUACCCGUCUUUAGGUAAAUUAUCCAGCGAUGGGAGGCGACGACCGCAGCACAUUACGUCAGCGUCAGCGGAAGAAAUAGAUGUCAUGGUGCUAGCCACCCAGAGAGGAGAUGCUCAAGCUGUGAAUGAGCUUUCAGUGGCUGCACCACUCAGACUGAUGAAAGAGAACAAAGACGGUUGGAUACCUUUGCAUGAGGCUGCAUACUAUGGACAAGCUGAAUGCAUAAAGGCACUGAUAAAAGCCCAACCAGGAUCUGUUGACAAGCGCACCCUCCAGGAACAGACUGCUCUGCUCCUGGCUGUUUCCGGUCAACAUCUGUCCUGUGUUCAGUGCCUUCUACAGGCAGGAGCAGACCCUGACAUUAGCAGCAAGAACAAAGAGACCCCCCUAUACAAAGCGUGUGAGCUGGAGAACGUGGACAUGGUAAAGCUCAUCCUGUCAUUUGGCGCCACUGUGAACCAGAGGUGUAACCGGGGCUGGACAGCCCUCCAUGAGGCCGUGUGCCGGGACAACAUAGAGAUCUGUGAGAUGCUGAUUGGAGGCGGAGCCGCCAUUAACCCUCCCAGUACCUGCAGCACCACACCACUCAUAGUAGCGGUCCAGCAGGGGUGUGUAGAGGCCCUGUGCUACCUUGUAAGGAAAGGUGCUGACGUCAACAUGCAGACGUGUGAUGGCACCACAGCCCUGUAUGAGGCCAGUAGAAAUGGCCACGGGGAGAUAGUGGAGCUGCUUCUCUCCUACAACUCUGACGCCAACAAACCCACCAAGACAGGACUCCUACCUCUACACAUUGCUGCCCAAUAUGGACACCACGAGAUAGUGUCCCUGCUGAUGCCAGUUACCAGUCGGGUAAGGGUUCGCCACAGCGGGAUCAGCCCCCUUCACCUAGCAGCGGAGCACAAUCAGGACAUAAUCACAGCCCUGCUGCUGAAGAUCGGGGCCGAUGUCAACGCCACGCUAUCCCACAAUCGCUCCAUGCAGUAUUCAGAUUACCGCUCCACUGCACUUUACUUUGCCGUUGCCAAUAGGAGCAUAAAGACUGCAGAAUUGUUACUGAAAGCUGGCGCCAACCCCAGCCUGGACCCAGUUAGUCCUCUCCUAGCAGCUGUAAGGCAGGGUUGUGCCAGAACGGUCUGCCUUCUGCUACAGCAUGGGGCGGAUGUUAACACCAGCAUCCCUGCCUGCCCAUCCACCUUACCUGGUGCUAUUGUUCUCUGUAUAAAUAACCUCCCUCUUCUCAAGUGCUUAUUGGACCAUGGCUGUGAUGCUCAGGCUUGCUUCAAAUGUGCUUAUAGCGUUGGCCCACACCCAGCCCAGGACAGCAGGGACCACUUUGACAUCAACACAUGCACCACUGACACCGCUCUUCUAACUUGCUUGGACCCAGCAGCCAGAGAAGUACAGUUUUGUGAGUUGAUCUCAUCACCCUCUGUGUGCCAAUGGGCCGGGCCCCUCGUAGACCUGCUGCUGGACUACACCAGUAAUGUUCAGCUCUGUGCCAGACUCGCAGAGCUCCUGGACGGCCUGCCGGAUUGGCCCAGCAUCAGGUCCAAGACAUUGUCACCUCGUCCACUGAUGCACCUGUGCAGACUGAGGAUUCGUGAGCAGGUGGGCGUGUCCAGACUCAGGUCACUGGAUGGGCUGCCACUCCCAGACAGACUGCUGCAGUACCUCAGCCAUCCACAGCUUUGAUAACUUCUGCCCUGACAGCAAAUAAGGUUCAUCCUUGGUCAUGUGUGUCAUGCCUUAUUUUGACUGUAUUUGUGGGGCAGUCACUGUUUGUUGAUAGGGAAAACUGGUGUUAUGAUGAGUGUGUGUUUUCACAUAUGUGAAUAAUGUCUGUGUGUUCUUUGCUCAUAAAGUGGAAGUGAGCUGCUGUCCUGUCAGAAAGGCUGACAAAUUAUUAUUUAGUAUAACACCACUGCAGUUGAUAAUGACCUUAAAAUGUGCAGUAAUCUGAGCUGUAAUAAAAGCAAAGGAAAAGCUUUUGAAA